CUCCGAAAUCGGAUAUGCAGGAUCUCCAUCUCGGGAGGUGCUCACCAGAGGUCGCAGUAUCGAUUCUGUGGACCGUCCAUUUCAUCCCAGCGAAUGGGUGGACGUCAACCUAGAAGUGCCCAGCACGCCAAGGACCGAUUCGACGUUCGCGAAUUUGUCGCUGGACUCUAACCUGUACCCAACAACAAUUACUCAGGCGUCCAGCUAUCCCGGAAACCGGGAGGUAUUCGUCUCGAAAGGUAUUACCCCAAUUCCUCCACCAAGGCACAGGAAGAAAAAUCGAGGAAGACCAUUACCGCCGAAACCUGAUGAGCUCCCUGAAACUCAUUUGGCUUUGUCAAGGUCCGUGCAAAGCUUACAUGGAGAGCCUUUAUAUUCUUCGGUUAAGUCGCCGAAAUCAAGAAUUAAUCGCGAGGGAAGUGUUGGCGACAAGGAAGAGUCUUAUACUGAUCUUGGCCGAACAAUUUGUUCGACCGAAACGGGAAAAUGGCCGAACGGGGAGUCGAAGAAAAAGGAAAUCUUCGAGCACAAGGUGAACGGAACCGGAAGGGUGAUUCCCAGCAUCGUCGUCUCCGGGGGGAAACUUGAAGACUGUAAACCACAUUCCCAGGGCGUGGAGAAUUACAACAAAAGUCCCUACGAGGAUUAUGUGAAAAUCACAAAGGACCCUUCGGAGGAAAAUCCCCGAGGAAAUUCGACAUACCACCAGGAAGCGAUCAGCGGGCAAAAAAGGCAAAAAAGUCCGACGAGGUCGAAAAACCACAGCACCGUCAGUCUUCCGAGCUACGACGAGCUGGAAGUGGUGAAGCACGCCGUGGAAAAGGCGAAAGAAGCCGAAAAUCUGAGGAAAACCAGCCUGGCUGAAAAGCUGCAAAUCGAAAAUGGAAAAACCCCCCAAAGAAACGCCAGCACUGGUUCCCUGCCUGUCGAGUCGAUUUUCACGUCCUUCUCCCAGAAGACCGCGGAAAGACUGGAAAAUUACGUGACGAGGUGCAGGAGUUUCGGAAGUCUCCUUCCCCAUCAGAUCCUGGACAGAUUGAGGAACGAGGAGGAGCAAACAGCCGAAAGCUCGGAGGACGAGUGGAGUGGUUUGGACGAUUGGGACCUGGGGGUCGUAGAACAUUACGAACCGGACGAUGGCCGAGCAACCUCAGUUUCGAAUUCCAGACACCGAGAGAAGAAGAGCCCGAAAUUCAACAUCGGCGGCGAGAAUCUGCUUUCAAAAAGGACUCCGAAGGACAAAGGAGAAGACGUGGUGGACUCCGGAGGAAGUAUCGAAGAGAGGCAGAAAAGAGUUGGGGAAAAUGGAAAGGACAGCAUCGACCCUCCGGGAAAUGGCACCAUUGAGGUGCCAAAGUCUGGGACGGCAUUCAAGUCCGGCUUGAAGCUGGAGACUGGAGGGAAAACUUCAACCCCAUUGAAAGCUGACAUGGACACCGGGAAAUCGCAGAAGACCACCUUAGAAGACUGGUUCCUUGGCCAGGAGAGGUCUGUUGGGUUUUUCGACUCCAAAGAUGAAGACAGCACCCCUGCGCAGGAUUUCCUGUCAGCUAGGGAUGACAAAGUUCCCGAAGAGAAGGAAGGGUUCAAAAGCUUCCUGGAGCGGUCCAAGGACACCAGCGAGUCGUUUUUCGAAGCCCGAGAGGAUCCUAGGAACGCGGAGGCAAACAACGUGGACAAUGGGGAAGUGGAGCCGAGAGGUCCUUCGAAGACGCUGAAGAGGACUCUCUCCAACGAGAGCGAGCCAUACGACAGCUACGAGGAAAAGGAGCUGGUCAUGGACAUCAGGUCGCAGUCCUCCGUCAGCAAAAUCUCCAGGACGAUUUCAGAAGAGUCCCUUCCCCGCGAGAUGCUGGAAGAGGUCGACAUCGACGAGGAAGAGGACUUCUUCGAGGUGAAACUCGCGAAGGACGUGCAGAACAAGAUGACGAAGGACUUCGUCUCACCGAAGGAGAAGAGUCUGAAGACCCCACCACCGAGUCCAGAGCCGAAGAUCAAGGCAGAGAUCCUGGACAACGAUCACUCGACGUUGCUGAAGGUGCUGAAGGAAGCUGGGGGAGAGGAGAGUAAUCUGAGCUCCAUGACGCCAAGUCUCACCGAGUUGGAAGCUGCGUUAUCAGACAUGCUGGAGAAAGAGGAGGAGAAGCAGGUGGAGGUGGACAGGGACCCCGAAGAGCUGGACCCCAAGGCGGACUCCAGCAAGUUCCUGGAGAAACUGAUAGAGCCGAAAAUCCUGCCGAUGGGAGUGGAGAAACCUGGAGAAGGGACGACGGAAGAUGCGGACCAAUCCAAACUUCCAGGUCCAGAUCCUGAUCGAAGGGAGUUCAAGACGGUCUCUUUGGAGCUGAUCAUCAACGACUCGAGUUGCUCCCAGAGAAGUCAAAUGAUGAUCGAAGACCAUGAAGAGUCUGACUUGGUGGAGGUGGACUUGAGGAACGGAGACGUGCACAACGCCUCGGUGCAUCCUGAGAUGAAGGAUCACCAGGAGCAUCGGGAGUCGAAUCCGGCCUCGAUUGGGGACUCUCCACCUUUGGAUCUGGAUUGCCCUAGGACACCAGACUGUGUGGUGUUGUCGAGUUAUAGGAAAUUAGAUUUUGGGCACGCGGACAUUCCGCCGGAGAAGCCCAGUCGCUUGCAUAGAGUCACUUUUGAUGAAUUCAGUGAUUAUAACCAGCCAGUUCCUACACCUCCCAGGAGAAGGCACCGCAGUGGCUCGAGGGUGUCCAAGGAAGACGCCUCCAAGUCCAUAACCUCAAAUCCUGGUGAACCAGAUCCUCAUCGUAACGACAGACUCAUCUAAUGUGGCGGGUUCGAUGCACAUUAAAAUUUCAAACGCGACCACGUGACUAAUAAUCAUGUGAUAUGACGGAACGAAGUGCGUCAUCUCCGCCAGGACAAAAGACGGAUAAUGGCAAUAUAGGUGCGUUAUGUUAUGUGCUAGUGUAGGGAAAAGAAAUGCAUCCACGCAGAGUACAGACUGGACGAAAGAGAAGUCCUCUGGAAAGGAAAGGAAGAGGAAGGAGGCACUAAUUAAUCUCGUUAUUAUGCGAUAAACCGGGUUGCCGUAAACCGCAUAGUGACCGCCUUAAUGGCGGCGAGCGAUGCUCUAAUUGUGCACCUUCGCGGAUGUUUAAUUAUAUGUAUGUGUAUAUGUAUGUACAUCACACGUAGAGACGCCUAAUGGCGGAAUAAAUAGCGAAAAGAGUUGGAAUCCAA